AUGGGGGAUGCAGCAAGGUUGCCGAUGCUCGCUCCCGCUUCCGUUGGCACGCCGCGAGUUGUGGAGAUAUCGACUUUCGAACGUCGCCGUCACAUCGCUGUGACUGCUUGCUCGGAGUGUCGUGCCAAGAAACGUAAAUGUAGCGGGAAAAGUCCGUGUACGGCAUGCGUGUCGCUGGGCAUAGAAUGCCUGCUUGACUCGGAGAGCAGUCACCGCCGCCUAGUCGGUAACAAGCGACGAGGCCCUCAGAUGAAGAGUAAGGACUUGACUUUGAAGAGAAAGGUGCAAUCGCCGGAGAACGAGACCCAGUCGUUAAGCCGCCAUCUGCCCGGUCUGCCAAGGGCGCAUGCCGAGGCCUACGAGAUGGCCAAGAUUAGGUACGAAUCUAGUGAGACAUGCGCCCGUGAUAUUCAAGGCACGGUCUCGACAGAUCCUGUCGAGCAGACCGGGACUGAUUCAGUCUCUGUGCUCAAGGAUAGCUCUUCCGAUCGGUCGACAGAAGGCUGGAACAAUAUCUGGUCUAUAUUUGAGAGAGUCCGCAACUGUGCGCCAGCAGACCUCUUCAAGGUAGUCAAUGCCAUCCGCAGUAGCUCGGAUCCGACACUAGCAGCGCAAUAUUUGCAGCAAGUCUCCCUUGGCCGACUCGCGGAUGCCCAUGUCGGCUUGUCGAACUUGGCAGCAGAGUAUAAGCUGAUAAGCUCACCGAGGCUGCCGGCCCUGUGCGAAGAGCCAACCCUUUUCGCUCCCGCAAAGCCUUGGACGACCGUCACAGACAGUGACCGACUGGUGUCACAUCUUCUCUCUCUAUAUUUUACCUGGGAUUAUCCCUGCUACGCCUGUCUCCGAAGACCGUGGGAUCGUUUUAUGGAGAUGGAUAUGUGUAUCCGCUUCCUAUCGGAAGCCCGGCAGCUCUGGAUAUCACAUCCACAGCCUACCUUGACCUCAAUUCAGGCACUGCUUGUCAUGAACCUGACCUACAACUGUCUGGGUAAGGACAAGAUCGGCUGGUCUUGCCUGGCGGCAGCGAUCCACAUGGCAAAUGAGCUAAAAUUGUAUGAGCCGUUGUCUGGUGUCCGCAGCGCAGGGUCCGUUGAACCCGCCUGGAAUAGAGCACACGCGGUCACAGCCUGGGGGCUUUUUGAGUGGCAAGCACUCGCCGCAAGUGUAGUGGAUGAUUCUCCGCGUUUGGACCAUUCGCCUUUUUAUGAAAUACCAUAUUCAGACGCCGAGCUUCUCGAUCAUAGUCAACGCUGGCACCCCUAUCCUUUUAGCGGUCCGCUUUAUCCAUCGCGUGUCUUUUCGACGGUCAGAGCCAGGUUUGAGUUGAGCGCCGUUAUCAACGACGUGACCGAAUUCAUUUUGGAUUCCCGUCAUGCCGCUUCGACUGUCGAGUCCUUUAUGUUAAUCCAUGAAAGACUCGCCAACUGGUAUGUCGAACUAAGUCCCGCGCUCCAUCCUUCAAAAAACGCACCGCCACACAUCUUCAUCAUGCACCUCCACUUCCACCUCAUCGUCGUCGCUCUCUGCAGGCCCAUUCUCUCCUCGGGAGGAAAACCCACCCCCUCCGUCCUCAGCAUCUCCAACAAAGCCAAGCUCGCCACGCGCGAGAUCAUAUUCCUCUUCAAACAGACCUUCGGCUGGAAAUCCGCCUCUAACUUCCUCAACCAUGCCCUCACACUCGGCGCCUUCAACGCCAUGCCCUUCGCCAAGGACGGCGAUCCCCGCUGGCGCCAGUCCUUGGAGACUUGCAUCAGCGGCCUCUGGUACAUUUCCUUUUCAUUUCCCGUCUGCAGGUACCUGCUUCGGGCCAUCCAGCAUGCCCUCAUCGCGGCCGGGUUCGCGGAUACAGACCUUUGUCCCGAGGUUACCCGCAUCCUACGAUAUUUUACGCGCAAUGUGUGGAAGAGGUCUCUGCUUGAGACGUUGGAGAGCAAGUAUCCUGCCUUUGAUCCGCAGAAUAACUUACGGCCGGUGGAAGAUUUGCUUCUGUCGGUUGAGAGUCUGGCUUUGAAUGAUAAAAAUGACGGUUGA